CGAGGGCCGGUAAUCAUGUCCGAGAUAUAAAUUUAGACAUGGUGGCUGGUAGGGUCCAUAACGGCUCUGCAACUGCGUGGACGUGUGUAAUUUACGGGGUUUGUGCUUGGCAUCAAGAUGAUGCUUCUGGCCGGUUCCUAAUCACAGUGACUGAGAACGCACUGUGGGCAUGUCCAGCCAGUGGCAGGGACAACCGGGGCGUGCCGUAAAAAUUCUCUUUGAGGCUCCGCCGCAUCUGAGAUUUCGGACCCCGAGCUGGUUCCAAGCUUCCCACCGCCACUGUGAGACUGUAUCAGGAAAAGCCUGGGAGAGAUCGAGGGAGCCUCCGGCGACGACUUUGUUGUUCCCCACGUCCCAAAUCUACCGGGAAGCGCCAUGAGUCGCUCGUUGCAGGGCCUUGUGGGUCUGGCAGACCGGAUCUCCAGUUUCCAUGCUACUUCUGACAAACGGCAAUCUUACGCUCUCGACUUCCGAGGUGAAGAACCAAAACGUCUGAUGCUUUGUGGGGAAGGAGGAAGCAAGAGCAGUUCAUUCGGGAGAAUGUGUCGUAUGUCCUAUCGCAAAUGAGCAAAUGGCCAGAGCACAAACUGACAGAUCUCGCGCCGUCACUCACUCCCUUCGAUGCAGCUGUGAAGUUUCUCGAAUGAUCAUCGUCCUUUCGAGCCGGGUGACAAUCUGCAGGCCAGGGUACAAUGCCUUGCCCAGACUCCAACCUGGUUUAUCCGAAGCACAAGCGGAUCGAUCGAGUGUUAUGCAUAUCACGCUGUCCGUUUCAGUGUCCUCGACUUCUCUUCUCUGGGCUGGGGCCUCCUUUGCCAUGCCCCAACCCGACACUUCCAGUCCUGCUCUCGGUCCUGACGGCGAUCACCGAAAGCGGCGCCGUAACCGGACAACUCAUUCUUGCCUGAACUGUCACGCGACUAAGCGGAUGUGUGAUAGGAAGCGCCCCUGCACACGAUGCGUCCAGUUAGGAAUCGCUGACAACUGCGCUUACCAGACCGAUAAAUCCGCCGGAUUCGAACCCGCUGUCAAGCAAGAUGAAAGCGCGCUGCUGGCUCGCAUUGCUGAGCUGGAACGGGUGGUUGGCGAGCUGCGGAGCUCCGCUCCCCCCGACGCGCCAGCAGACGAACCUGGGAUACCCACUCCAGAGUCUAGCCACUGCUCCACCCCACCCAACACAUCUCCCUCGACCCAAUCGGAGCAAUGGCUGCGACAUACGCCCGAAAUCGGCUCGACGUAUUCAAGCCCGAAUCCCUCCUCAUACUCUUCCAACCAGGCCACUGGUUCUCUCGAAUCCAUGUUUGCGCCAUACGGCAACGAGAUGACACAUACGACCCUCGCUUGCCACUGCCUCAGCGAGGCCGACCACCAUCGCUCAGCUAUGGAACUCUCGUUAAGGCUGAGACGAGCCGCCGACAUCCUCAACCCCAACACCAUGGCUUCGUCAACGAGAUCCGCUGGUGCGAUUCCGCCGGAGUAUCUUGAUCGGCAAAUGUCGGGCAUGCAUGCUUUCAGAACCGAGCCACUGCUCGACAUGCUCGGGGCCAGCACCGUUCAAAGACCUCACAGUCACAGUCACGGGCACAGCGCACCCAGCUCGCUCUCGACUUCUGAUCUUGUCUCGGAUAGUUUCAUGGCAUGGAAACCUUCGCGGCGAGAGUUUUGACACCAAGUAUUGUACCACCCUCUAGAUAUCUGUCUCAUCUGUUGUCCGCUAAUAUCCUGAAUUUUCAAACGAAAAGCCUCCGGUCAAAGACCCUGAGGCCUCCAUAUGGAUCUUCCGAGCGCUGUUGGGAGCAAUAUACCUUGGGCUGUCUCGAUCACGUGAUCGCGUUCUGCGUACUUGAUCGGGCUCCAUUUGAUCAAAG